CACACACACACACACGCUGCCGCCGAUGUGGGGCUUGGAGGCUGGAGGCGGUUGGUGCAGGGGUGUCUGUGCGGAGAGGGAGGCCGGGAUGGGGGGGUUGGGACUGCUGGUGGUGGCCCUUACGUGCUGCUGGUGGCCGCAGGUCUGCCAGGGUAAAACCCUGCGGGGCAGCUUUAGCAGCGCAGCUGCCCGAGAAGCUCAGGGCCAGAGCAUCGGCCACUUCCAGUUCCACGGUGACCAUGCUCUUCUGUGUGUCAGAAUCAACAACAUAGCAGCAGCAGUUGGAAAAGAAGCUAAACUCUACCUGUUCCAAGCCCAGGAAUGGCUACAGCUGCAGGAAGGCAGUCCUGGCUAUAGUUGUAGUGAAAAAUUAUCCAAAGCUCAGUUGGCAAUGACCAUAAAUCAGACUGAACAUAAUCUAACAGUGUCCCAGAUUCCAUAUCCACAAACGUGGCACAUGUUUUAUGCAGACAAAUAUACAUGCAGAGAUGACUAUGAGAAUUCUCAGGUGGAAGAUAUUUCAUUUGAAAUGAUGUUACUAAAUCCAGAUGCUGAAGGGAAUCCACUUGAUCAUUUUAGUGCUGGAGAAUCUGGGUUACAUGAGUUCUUUUUCCUUCUAGUCCUAGUGUACUUUGUGAUUGCUUGCAUUUAUGCUCAAUCAUUGUGGCAGGCUAUUAAGAAAAGAGGACCCAUGCACAUGAUUUUAAAGGUUCUGACAACUGCAUUGCUGUUACAAGCUGGUUCAGCUUUAGCUAAUUACAUUCAUUUCUCCAGUUACUCCAAGGAUGGAAUAGGAGUACCUUUUAUGGGAAGUUUAGCAGAAUUUUUUGACAUCGCUUCCCAAAUUCAGAUGCUUUACCUACUUCUGAGUCUAUGCAUGGGUUGGACAAUAGUCAGAAUGAAGAAGUCUCAAAGCAGACCUCUCCAGUGGGAUUCUACUCCUGCAUCCACUGGCAUCGCUGUAUUCAUUGUCAUAACACAGAGUAUUUUGCUACUUUGGGAACAGUUUGAAGAUACUAGUCAUCACAGCUACUAUUCACACCACAACUUAGCAGGGGUCCUUCUAAUUGUUUUAAGAAUUUGCCUAGCAUUAUCCUUAGGCUGUGGACUCUACCAGAUCAUCACAGUGGAAAGAAGUACACUGAAAAGGGAGUUCUACAUCACAUUUGCCAAAGGCUGUAUCUUGUGGUUUUUAUGCCAUCCGGGUCUUGCAUGCCUUUCUCUCAUUUUUAGUGAUUACCAAAGAGAUAAGGUUAUUACAAUAGGUGUUAUCCUUUGUCAGUCUGUUUCCAUGGUUAUUCUCUACAGACUCUUUGUAUCCCACAGUCUAUACUGGGAAGUUUCUUCACUUUCCUCAGUAACUCUACCACUGACCAUAUCAUCUGGACAUAAAAAUCGGCCUCAUUUCUGAUACUUGAGUUUGUUUAAAGGAAAAGAGAAUUAAUAUGACAGAGUGCAAUAAGAUCCAAAUAUAGACUUUUUUUCAUGCAUUUGUAUGAAAAAUUGAACAGAGAAAGAAGAGCAUGUUUUUUAUAUAACUGCAUUUAAGCAGUACCAAAACUGAAGAAAGGUAAUAAAUGAAAUGUUUUGAAAUAUACUUAAACAAUAAACUUUAAAGAAAGAUUGUGGUUAUAAGGUGAUUUAAGCACUUUCCAUAUGGAAAUAAAGGUAAAAAAUAAUUAUUUGAUAUUUUGGGUGAGAUACCCUUGUAACGCCUCAUCUUAUAUCAAUAUAGCUAACUCAGGUUUAAUAGUCUGAUAAAAAGUAAUCAGUUAAAUGAUUACUUGCUUAUACUUAUCUAAACUAGUUUAUGAAACAGUGUAAUAUACUGAUUAAAAACUGCUUUUUUAUGCUUUAAGGAAAAUGCAUUUCAUAUUGGAGUUUAAAGGAAUUAAAAAUGAAGUUACUUCAGGAAACGAAUAUAAAAUGUUCACACUUAAAUGAGUGAGCGUUUGUCUAUUUGUGGAUGAGGUUGUUCUCCAAUUUUUUCCUAUUGCUUUUUACUCUAGAUGAGAUUUUAGCUUGAGCAAAGGGUUUUUGACAGUUUAUGAAAAAAAUAAAACAUAGACACAUUACAGUGGUUGUAAGGAUGAAAAGUUUUGAAAGGUGAGCACUGAGAUGAAGGUACAAGCAGGUUUGCAUGUUUAAAAAGGAAGAAAGCAAAAGUUCUAUGUGAUGUGGUACUAAAAUUUUAAUCUUAAUAUAGUUCAUUUCUAUUACCUUGAGUCCCCAAACAUAAUUAAGCCAUAUACACAGAUUAAAUUAACAGAAGCAUUUCACAUAAAUGUUGGUGUCAGUCAUCAACUACCCAUGAACUCCUGUCCAAGGAUACUUAAUCAGGAUUAAAUUUUCUAUGAAUAACUGAAAAACAAAAUACUCACUGGAUUUGUUAUAAUCCGUGUUGGCAUUGGAUUCUAAGUAGUUGCCAUCUUGAAUCCUUAGUAAUAAAGCCAUAUUUUUUUUGUGAGAUGUUCCACUAUUGAGUAUGCUAGCUAAAAAAAAAUACUCUAAAGUGCCUGUUUGAAGAAUUGCUGAAUGAUUGUUGAUACCUGCUGUAUAAAAUGAGUAUUCCCACUAAUAGCCAUGAUUGGAAAUUAUUCUGUUUCUGUUCGUCGAGUUAUUCAGGUCUUUUAAUUUUUACUUGUGACUUAACUUAAAAAUAUUUUUGAUCUACCUCCAAAGGUAUUACAUUUUUAAGCAAGAAAUGUUGCAGUCAUCUGGUAAUUAAACUUUUAAACUAGCUAAAAUAAUGUAGUGCACUUAAAAAAAUACCCAUGGCUUUCUUUGUUUUUCCUCUUAUAUCUAGUCUCAUUUGAAAUAAAUAGUGUUCUGCCUCAUUUUAAAAGUGUGUCUUUAUCUAGCAAAGUGACAAAGUUCAGCCUGCUCAUUAAAUCAUCUUUCUAACAAUUCUUUGUAAAUUAUUUAAUAAAUGAGAGCUACAGGUUGAGACUAGAAAAUCUGAGGUAUAUUUUAAGUUUACAAGAUCUGCUGAAUGAUCAUAAACUUUUUCUUAUACCACAUCUCACUAAUAACCCCAGUUAUUGUCUGUUGUGUUCAACUGAGAUGCAGUUAAUUAAGCUUAAAAAAAAAAUGAAGCCUAUUCAUAAAUUUUGGGAACUUAUAACAUAGCCAAAUGGAAUGAUCUUUGUGUCAUCUGACACAAAGAACAUAGUAAUUCUGUAAUCAAUAUAACUGAAAUAUAUUACUAUGCUAGCAUUUAUGAAACUUUAACAGCUUUUUUUUUUUUACUUUAAUCAUUUUUAAAUUUAUGGUCGAAUUUGCUGGUAAUUUAUUUGUUAAUCAAGAGCCGUUAAAUGAAGAAAAACAGUUGUUAAUAAAUGCAUAAAACUAUUGUUGGUUGGUGACCAGAGGUCAAAUUUUAUAGUUCAUAAGCUGUGAUGCAGUGUCUCUUCUCUUUCUCUUUCUGAAUGUUUACAUGAAUAUCCAUCACUGCAGAUUACAGAAAGGUAAGUGUAUACUGCAAACUUUAAAGAUCAGAAACUUUUCUACUUUUCUUCUCUUUCAGAAAAUUCUUCUCCUAUCUAUUUUUAGCUAUUUUUUUAAAGAAGAUAAGUGGUCUGUCCAGGACUCCUUUUUUUUUUUUCCAGAAGCAUUUCUUUUCCUCACUUAAGGAAGCAUGAAGAUGUUUGUUUUUUAUUGACAUGUAUAAUAAUAUUAGCUCCUGUUUAAUUGAGCGCCAUCAGACACUUUACACUCAUCACUAAGCCCUACAACAGUAAUUUCAAGCCCCCAUUUAACUGAGUCAUGAGAGAAUAAAUGAUUCCUCUAAGUCAUCCAACUACUCUUUACUUUUUCUACUUUACCCCCAUGAUUUUAAUGAGCACCUAUUGUGUGGGUAUGGUUUUUUUUUUUGUUUGUUUGAGAAUGAAUGGCUGUCCAUAGUUAAUUUUAGCUCUUGAUUUUAACAUUAAACUUGAUACUGCGCUGACAUCAUAAAUGAGCUUGAAUUUAUAUGGUCAGCACAGGUCAGUAUUUUAACUUUGGAUUUCAGCCAGAUAGUAUUCUAAACAGAAGAGCUUGUCUUAGGGAAAUUUUUCAUGAUCUCAAGUAAAAUAAGCCAAAUCUGAUGGAAAUAGAAGACAGACAAGUCUAAGGUCAACUGUAAAGUAAUGAGACUAGAACCUACACAACAUGAACACUGGCCCUUUCACCGUGUUUGCCUAGGGAGAUGGUGGAUAUUCUCUGUUGAUGCUGUCAAUACUAAAAACUUUUGGCAAUCUGGAAUUAUUGUUGAAGCAUUCUCUUGAAUAGCUUGUGUUGUGGAAUCUUUGUUUUUUUUUCUGAGAAUGGAUGAUCAUUAGAAAUAGACCAAAUGAUUUGAAACCAAAUCUGAUGAGGUAAUACCGUUUUUUGUUCCAAAAUGAAUUUGUGAAUUAAAACUAAAAUAAUGAGAUUUGGUUUUCCUACAAGUUCUGAAAACUGUUUGGAAACACUGUAGCCUGCACUCUUGCACUAGCUCUCUACAUAAUGUCACUGCUUCACAGUCGCACAGCCUUCUGCACAACUCCAAGAGCAUCAUGUACAUUGUGCUCUUAGGAGUACCAUUGGCAUGCUGCCGGGACCUGUGGAAAGAAAUAACUGCCCGCUAGAGCCCACUCCACAAAGCAGCCAAAACCAUCCCUUAAAAAGGUGAAUCAUCUGGAUGAUGGGCAUACAGGAAUUCUUUGUACUAUUUUCCAUAAGUUUGAAAUUGUUUCAAAAUAACAAGUUUAGAAAGUGAGUUAAAUGGUUUUCCAUUGUACUUUGGUAAUACAAGCUCAUUCACAUGUCCUACAAAGCCUAUGUGGUCUGGUGCCUGCUUCUAUCUGAUCGCAUUUUAUACCACUCUUCCUCUUACCAUACCCAACUUCAGUGUCCUUUGUCAAAAAAUACCAAGUUUCUUUUACUGCCUCAGAGCCUUUGCAUUAGCUGUUUCCUCUCCCUGGAAUAUUCCCUCCCAAAAUUGGCAUGGUUGCAUGGAAGAAACCUUCUCAUCCUUCAGGUUCUCAGCUCAAAAUGUGUCAGAAUUCUUUGACCACCUGAGGUGGAUUUGUAUUAUGCCUGUUUAGCUAAGCUGUGUUCCCCAGAAUUUCCCCUCCCUCCGUAGUUGCAAGAUAGUAUAGGCCACAAGAGAUGUUUGGUGUGAGAUUUAGAAGGAAGAAGUAAAGUCGCAGCCAGAUUCUUUUUAUAAAUGGAAGAUCCAAGCAGGGUACAAGGCUCUGCUGCAGCUCACAUUGUUACUUAUCUGCUGGUUCAUCUUGACCUGGGCCAUAGCCAGGCCCACAGGGAACUCCAGUUUCUGAUUGAUCACCUCCUUCAUCUCUGACUUCUGGGCCAGGUGUAUGUUUUACUCUGUGACACAGGGUGCCAGCUUCUGCAGGGUAACCCUGUCAUCAAAGUUGGAGGCUUGGAGUCAGUGAGAGACUGAUGUGAGUUCUGGUCCAUCAUGAGUUCCACUCAGUCCACAAGGGUUCUCCCCAUCCUGGUACGUUCCAGUUUGUCCUUGCUUCCCUCACUUCUUGUUCAUCUUCCCUUACCCACUGCCAGACACAAAAAAAUAGCCUCCUAUAAUCUCUAUAAUAAAUCCCUUAUUUUAUACAUUAAAAAAGAUUGCAUGUAUUAUCCUAUUGGUUCUCUUUCAUCAAACCCCAAGUGAUAUACCACCCUAUCUAAUGCUGAUCCCCCACCCUAAUCACUCUCACAUUACCCCCUUUUUUCUUUAUAGUAUUUUAUUGUUGUGUCUCCCCAUUUAGAAGGUAAAUUCUAAAGAAGUGAGGCCAUUGGAUUAUUCAUUGCUGUAUCCCUAGCACCUAGAACAUUCCUUGGUGCAUACUAGAUGUGCAAAAAUAUUUUUGAAUGGAUGAAUGAAAGCAAUUCUGAAAAAGAAUUUUAGAUGUACUUAGUAAUAGAGUAUUAAAUAAUAGAACCUCCCAUGAUGACUUGUAUAUGCCUUGCCUGUUCUUUGUUCAAUUAUAUGGAAUUGGGAAUUGUGCAAAAAUCUUAAGUAGUCAAAUAGUUAUAAAGUUUAAUUUUUAAAACUCAUAGGAUGAUUCCUCAAGUUGUCACACACAGGCAUUUCCCUUUAUUUUACAUGGUACUGUUAGUAGGUCCAUGUAUCUGGUUCCUAGUCCACCAUAACUAAAAGCACCAAGUCAAGCAAAAUCUGAGUCAGUCAGAGGAAGGAAUGCUGACUGAGUUGCAACUUGCUUUAGACUAGUAACUAACUCCUUUAUUCCUUCCAUUUUCUCCCCUUUGGAGUGGGAAUGCAUGUCCUAUACCUGUCACACUUUAAUAUUUCGGAAACAGCUAACCUGUUUUCUAGUGUCACGGGUCUAUGGAUGUGUAGGAAUUUUGCCCCUAAGAUGGACCAUAUCUAGAAUCUCACCCAUUCCUGAUUUAGAUGAUGAGGUUUGGGACAUUUUUAGUUGAUAUUUAGAUGAGAUUUGGACUUAAGAGUUGUUGCCGGAACAGGCCAAGACUUUUGGAGAUGUUGAGUUGGGGUGAAUGUAUUUUGCACAUGGGACAGACAUGAAUUUUGGGGAUAUCAGUGGGCAGACGGUAUUGGAUUUAAUAGUGCCCUGCCUCCAAAUUCAUGUCCACCCAGAAACUCAGAAUAUGACCUUAUUUGGAAAUAGGGUCUUUGCAGAAGUAUUUAGUUAAAUUAAGAUGAAGUUAUGCUAGAUAAAACCCUAAUCAAAUAACUGGUUUCCUUAUAAGAAAACAGACACAGAGAGGAGAACCGGGCAUGAAGACAUAGGUUUGAGUGAAGAGUCUACAGGUCAAUGAAUGCCAACGAUUGCCACCAACCACCACCAGACUUUAUAACUAUUUGACAACUUAAGCUAGGGGAGAGGCAUGGAACAGAUUCUCCUUCAAAGCCCUGAGAAAGGUACCAACCCUGCAAUCACCUUGCUUUUGAACUUCUAGCUUCCAGAACUGUGAAAGAAUAAACUUCUUGUGUUUUAAGCUGUCCAGUUCAUGUUGCUUUGUUACAGCAGCCCUAGGAAUUUAAUAAAGGAUCCAACUUAAACUUUUUUUUUUCCCAGAUGGUUAUCCACUGAUUGUAACAUUGUUUACUAUCCAGUCCAUCUUUUCUUCACUGACUUGUUGCUGAUCUAUUUCUGAAGUUUUAAGGGAGUUUCACUGAACUGAUUCAUGGUGUAGUACCAUACUGUUUUAAUUAUUGGAAUUCUAGAAUAUACUGUCUGAAGGGACUGAUUUCAUGUUAGAAUUUCAGAACUUUAGGAAUUU